GGACAGUAGAGGAGGUGUCGUACAGUUGAGUGUACAUUCAGAUUCAGCCCGCAGGAAACCACGAGCUCCUCCGCAGUAGUGCGCAUUUCUACACGCAGAUAUUGGCUUUAACGGACUCUGUCGGUAGAUUGUCCGAAAUGUUGGGGGUCGUCGCCAAGCAGCUCAAGAGCCACCCAGCUCUCAUCCCACUCUUCAUCUUCAUCGGUGGCGGGGCAACCAUGAGCAUGAUGUACUUGGGCCGUCUGGCUCUGAAAAACCCUGAUGUCUCAUGGGAUCGCAAGAACAACCCCGAGCCCUGGAACAACCUGCAGCCCCAACAACAGUACAAACUAUUUACAGUUAACAUGGACUACUCCAAGCUGAAGAAGGACAGGCCUGAUUUCUAAGUUGCUGUGUCUUCGCACCUACAUGUCUCUGACUUUGUCGUCAGUGGAAUGAGCCUUUGCACUCUUUGCCAAAUACAAAACAAACCCGACACUGAAUGAAGGUUGAAUCACACUGCGUGCUGCACUCUUCAGUCAGAUCAUUUCCAGUGUGAAGGAGGAAAGGGAUCAUUCACUUAUCAAUGAUUGUUUGAAUGAAACAGGCAACCACCUGUUUCACUAAUUGAAGAAUUUAUUUUCGACUUUGUGUUAAUUAUUAAAACUAUUUAAAUCACA